AUGGCCGAGCCGGAGCCGGAGCCGGGCCCGGAGCCCGGGCGUGCGUGGAGAGUGCUUGCCCUGUGCGGGGCCGCCGUGUUCCUGGCAGCUGCGGCUGCCGGCGGGGCCCUGGUGGCCUGGAAUCUGGCCGCCUCCGCUGCCUGGGGCCCUCACUGCCCGGAGCCAGGGACCAAUGCGACGGCGCCACCCGGGGACCCCCCGCCUGAGGUCGAGGACCUGCGGCGUCAGCUGGCAGCGGCUGCCCAGCGCGAGGAAGCCCUGGCCAGGCAGCUGGACCAGGCUGAGGGUGUCCGUCUCAAGUUGGAGAAGGCACUCAAGGCCUGUGAGGGCCGCCAGAACCAGCUUCAGACCCAACUAACGACUCUGAAGAUUGAGAUGGAGGAAGCCAGGGCACAGGGGACCCAGAUGGGGGCUGAGAACGGGGCGCUGACAGAAGCCCUGGCGCGCUGGGAGGCGGCGGCCGCGGAGUCUGCGCAGUGGCUGGACGAGGCGCAGCGGCGUGCAAGCGCCGCCGAGUCCGAGAGCGAAGCCUGCGCCGCCCGGGAGGCGGCGCUGCGCGAGCGCGUUCGCGCCCUGGAAGCCGAGAUGGGUCCCCAGCGCAGAGGGCCGCGGCCUCGGCCCCGCUCGGAGUCCCGACCCCGGCCCAGCCCCCGCUCGGGGUCCCGACCCCGGCCCAGCGCCCGCUCCCGCUCUCGUCCCGGCCACUCCGGGGGCUGCCGGCGGCCAGCGAGGCGCACACAAGGGUGAGUUGGUCCCCAGCAGGUGAGAGCUGGGCCAGGAGGACAGGCUCUGUGGGGGCCCUGCGGGGACGUGCAUGGAAUCGCCCACGCUGGAUAUGAGGCUCAGCUUUAGACGCGGGAGCCGCCAGGAACGGAAGCUACAGAGAGGAGACUCUUUCCCUGACCAAAUACUGCCUAUUCUACAGACGGGGAAACUGAGGCCCAUUUGGUCACACAAUGAGAUAGUACUGAGCGGGAAUUUGAAGUUCCCUCUAACGACAAUGUUGCUUUCUUCCCACAGAUAUGAGGACUUGAGGUCCAGCCCUGGCUCAGGACUGAGUGACCUGGAGGGGUCACUUUCCCUCUCUGGGCCUCAGUUUAACCUAUCUGUAAAAUGGGUGGUGUGGGCUCAUGAUAGGGAGCCGGCAUAUCCUUCACACUAAAACUUGACAAAGAUGGCACAAUAGGAAAACUACAGACCACUCAACCUGUGAGUAGGGUACAAAACUCCCAGAUGGAGUU